AUGGUCGCAACCGCGAAAUCACUUGCGCUGCCACCCAACGUCAGCAGCGAUGUCUUCGACAACUUCUUGACAGCUUGUCAUGAUGUUGGUCGCGACAACAUCGAAGUCAUAUCCUCCGCGUCCCAGAUUGACGAUGGCAACUACAUGAAGCCGAACUACACGCACGACCCUCAUCACAUCAUGAAGCAAGAUUUCUUCCUUGCUUCGGCUAUCAUCGCCCCUCGCAACGUCGCCGAUGUUCAGACUAUCGUCAAGGCCGCAAAUGAGUACCAUGUACCAUUGUGGCCCAUUAGCAUUGGGAGGAACUCAGGCUACGGAGGCGCCGCUCCACGCGUAUCUGGUAGUGUUGUCGUCAACAUGGGCAAAUAUAUGAACAAGAUCCUCGAAGUCAAUGUAGAGGGUGCUUACGCUCUAGUCGAGCCAGGAGUCACAUUUCACGAUCUACACACCUAUCUCGUCGAGAACAACCUUCGCGACAAGCUUUGGCUUGACGUACCUGAUCUUGGUGGCGGUUCAGUUCUAGGUAACACUAUGGAGAGAGGUGUUGGUUACACCCCUUAUGGUGAUCACUUCAUGAUGCAUUGCGGCAUAGAGCUCGUCUUACCGAGUGGCGAGCUCAUCCGUACUGGUAUGGGUGCAUUGCCUCACCCUCAUGAGAAGGCCGGUGUUCUUCCCCAAGACCAACCUUGGAACGACUCGGCACAGCUGUUCAACUACGGCUUCGGCCCCUACGUUGACGGAAUUUUCACACAAUCCAAUCUGGGUAUCGCUACAAAGAUGGGCAUGUGGCUCAUGCCAAAUCCAGGUGGUUACCAGUCAUAUCUCAUCACAAUCCCUCGUGAGGACGACUUGAAGCAGGCCGUUGACAUCAUCCGGCCGCUGAGAUUGAACAUGGUCCUCCAGAAUGUACCAACAAUUCGACACAUUCUCCUCGACGCCGCUGUGUUGGGUCACAAAUCCGAUUACACCUCAGAUAUCAACAAGCCCCUCACAGAUACCGAGCUAGACGCUAUAGCUGAAAAGCUCAAUCUUGGCCGGUGGAACUUCUAUGGUGCGCUCUACGGGCCGCAGCCAAUUCGUGAUGCAAUGUGGGCUGUCGUCAAAGAAUCCUUCUCGGCCAUCCCAGGAGCAAAGUUCUACUUCCCAGAAGACCGACAGGAGGCAAACUCAAUCUUGCAUACUCGCCACAAGACUAUGCAAGGUAUACCCACCUACGAUGAGCUCAAAUGGCUGGAUUGGCUACCAAAUGGCUCUCAUCUCUUCUUUUCGCCAAUUUCUAGGGUGAAUGGCGAAGACGCAACCAAGCAAUUCGCUCUCACCAAAGCCCGGUGUCAUGAAGCUGGCCUUGACUUCAUCGGUACAUUCACGAUUGGCAUGCGCGAAAUGCACCACAUUGUGUGCAUUGUUUUCAAUCGCAAAGACGAGGAACAAAAGAAGAAAGUCGUAUGGCUAUUCAGAACGCUGAUCGAUGACUGUGCUAAGCAAGGAUGGGGAGAGUACCGGACACAUCUUGCAGCCAUGGAUCAGAUCAUGGAGACGUACUCGUUCAACAACAACGUCUUUAGGCGUUUCAACGAGACGAUAAAGAAUGCUGUUGAUCCCAACGGCAUCUUGGCGCCGGGCAAAUCUGGGAUUUGGCCUAAGCAGUAUGACCGCAAGCAGUGGAAGCUUUAG